GAGCUAAAUCGAGUGCGCAUUCACGGGCACUGAUCAAAAUGACGAUAGCACAGACAGAAUACUGCGUUCAUUGACUGGAAAUCUUCAUUUUAUUUUCUUAAUUUCGUAACCAAAAAUUAUAUUAACCAUAUUAUAACAUUGUGAUAUGCUCGACUGAUAAUAACUGUAUAUCUGUUAUUGCAGACCCUGUAAUAAACGGUCCGGUUUUCUGUCUAUGAUCUCAUCCCUGCCUGGAUGCUAGGAGGAGAGAGAGGAGCGACAGCAACACAUUAGACAGAGCACUCUUCAGUAAAUCUACGGUUCUCUUGUUGCUGUCUUCGCGAGUGAUCAUCUGAAAUGGCGACCAGUGUAAAGAGGCCGUCCCUGGGUCCGGUCCCUCCCCCCAGGAAGAAGUCCAGCCCCAAGCCGGAGCUCACUGAGGAGCUGAAGCAGGAGAUCAGAGAGGCCUUCGAACUGUUCGACACCGACGCCUCCGGACACAUCGACGUCAAGGAGUUAAAGGUUGCUAUGAGGGCGCUGGGGUUUGAGCCAAAGAAAGAGGAGAUUAAGAGGAUGAUAAUGGAGGUGGAUAAGGACGGAACAGGAAAGAUCUCCUUCUCUGAUUUCUUCACCGUCAUGACUCAGAAGAUGGCUGAGAAGGAUUCUAAGGAGGAGAUCCUGAAAGCAUUCCGUCUGUUUGAUGAUGAUGAGACGGGGAAGAUCUCCUUCAGGAACCUGAAGAGGGUCGCUAAAGAACUAGGAGAGAACCUGACUGACGAGGAACUGCAGGAAAUGAUCGAGGAGGCAGACAGGGAUGGAGACGGAGAGGUGAACCAGGGAGAGUUCCUCCGCAUCAUGAAGAAGACCAGCCUGUACUGAGACUGAACCAGGGUGUUGUGGGGUAGAGGGUGGUGUUGGGGACAUACAGGGGCAGAGGAGACUGUGGGUUGGUUUUACAUGUUAUGUACUAGUCAAGUCAUUACUCAGUUAUCCUGUCCUAGUUUAAUUAGACAACUUCCUUUCCUCGUCUCCUUCCUUACUGUCAUGACCACUCAUCAGUUAGUCUUUAUAGCGCUCUGUCUGUCUCUUAGUUAGAAUGCUGGUAGAGUCCCAAAACAGUGCUUUCAUCUAUCAAUACCCUGUUUCACCUUUCAUAUCUGUUAUCGUGAAGGUAAAUGGGACAAGGACAGGAAGCUGUUUAAGAAGACUAGGAUCAGAUACUGCACACAGAAAGAUGCCAAACAAUCAUUUCCAUUCCAGAACCUCUACUCUUCUCUCCUUCAUGUAGAUAGAUUUAUGUGACGUCAAGGAUUUGCCUAAAAGAAUCGCCUUGCUCAAACUGAUCCCCUUAAACACGUUGCUUGUCUUCGUGCCUGAGUCUCUACCAGAGGGUAUGAAUCAUCAGUUUCAGGGAAGACCCCACCUCCUCUACCCCUAGUCAGCCCCUCCCCUCCAACACCCACCUUAAAUCUAUUUGAACUCUAAUCUAAAGUUGUGAAAGUUGACUGUAUUUUUCUUAUUCGUAUUGUUGUAUUUUUGUCUCUUUGAAUUAUCUACAGUAUGAUCUCCUGUAUUCUGUGUUUUGUACGUAUAAACUGUAUGUGCAGAUAUAUUGAUAUUUAAGAUAUGAAUUCAUUAAAUACCUUU